UUAGAGUUAUGUUUAAAAUGUACAAUUUUAAUUAAAUUCUGAUGUUCAGUAACCCACUGUAUUUAAAUUAUCAUAUCCUAAAGCACCUGUCCUGCAGGUUGUUGUUAUUUCAUUCACGUGGAGAUUGUGAUUUAAAAGUGUGACCAAUGGUUGUUAAUUAAUAAAACCCCGUGCAGGAGCGAAACAUUUCAGUGGUUGGUAAGUGAAACCAGUAGGGGUCGGAUCUUCAUCCUCUCGGUAAAGUUCAGAUCUCAGUAUACAGUAAGAGGGAAAGAGUGAGGGGGACACUUCCCUCUCCAGCGUCAUUAACAAGGAAUGCGCACCAUCGCCUGAGGGAUCGGAUGGAUGGAGCGACAGGGUCAUGAAGGUAACCACAACCUUCGGGUUAGUUUUAGGGGGCCGUUACCGCAGAAGGAGCCUAUCCAUAAUUAAUAAUCCGCUGCAAAGCGAGUCGGAGCGCAACCAUCGGCGAGUCAUGUCACCAACUGACAGCGCUUCCAGAAGAGCUGACGAAGAGGACAAAGGAGGAUGAAGGAGUCAGGAGGAGAGGAGGUCGAGGAGGAUUAUAAUGAAGUUGAGUGGCAAAGGACUGUGCACCAUCGUCUCCAGCAGCGUGCUUUUCGUCUGCGCCAUGAGCGCCGUGGCAGUGGGAUUCAGAUGCAUUACUUUGGGCUCCAGGGUGCGGGCGCACUUCCAUCUGGGCACCGUGGCCGGCGCGUUUUACUCCGGGAUCCUGGUGGCUAUCGGGCAGGUGCUGAUGGGGACGGCGCUGGUCUUUUGCCAAGGCAAGCCCAGGUGUGGGAAUUUCUUCCUCUUUGGGAUCUUGGUUUUUCUUCUGGGUGUCCUCACCGCGUUCUCGGGCGCGGUGGUGGACGGGGACACGGUUUCGCUGGUGGAGAGGAAGUACGCGCACUAUUGCCUCGAUUCCAUGGAUGUAAACCCGGCGUGCGACCGGCUGAAAGUGUACCAGAGGGGUCUUGUGGCUUCUACGGUCCUUAACACACUGGAGUGUAUCCUAGGGCUGAUGAACUUGGUGAUUAUUAAGCGCUACCAAGCGGAGCAGUUUCACCGGAGACGGCGCUUGCAGAGGCGGAGCGCACGGACGAUUAUCCUUAACGAAGAGCGGGACUUCGCUGUCAGGGAGUUUCAACCGGUGUCCUACAUCAAUCUGGGGGUGUUUCACACGUUGGACGAUGUGGAUGGGGAGGUCCACAGCAGGGGCCAUCCGUCCAUAGAGCUGCCGGGGUAUUCACAGACGGAUCCGGAGCUUAACCUCACGUACCCGUUUUCUUACCCACUUCACAACGAGUUGCCGCCCGCCUACGAUGAAAUAUUCCCCGGAGAAGCGAGUAGUUGAGGGGAAAGUUGCGGUAUUGCAGUGACAAUCACGCAUUCAGCUCACUAAACUGAGAUCUAGAAGUGCAGUGCUUUCAUUGGGAUGACAGCUUUAUAUAUUACUGUUAUCCAAAAUACUUUUUAUUCAGUGGAGUUUGAAACGAUGCUGACAAUGAACUGUUGUCCAUAAACUACAAAGAGAACCUAUGGAAAGGUAAACAUAUACAGAGGAUAAAGAUUAUUUAAGUAUAAAAUGCAAUCCUUUUUUAUUCUCAUGACCAAUUGUAUUACCAACCUCCCCUAGUCAAAAAUAUAUGUAUUGGAUUCCUGUAGUGAAAUUGAUAUCAUAAAUUAUAACCAAACCCAUAUGGUUUUCCUAAAUGGAAAGUGCUUUUUGAUGUUACCAAAUGACAAUUAUUAACAAAUGAAAGUAACAGCAACCUUUAAUGUUCACAUGAACAGUUUCAGAUCUUUGACGUUUGGUUUUAAAUUAUGGCAGAAUUUCAUUAGGAAUCCUGUACACAUUCCUAAUUUUUUGAAUUGGAAUGCCCAUGUAGAUGUUGCGCUAUUGUUUUUCUCAUAUUGCAUAUGUUUAGCUCCUAAUAAAAGGUGUAUUUACUCUUCCCUAAUGUCGCUGUUGAAUGCAAGGUAAAAAGUACAUUUUGUGCAUGCAGUGGUCUUCAGGAGGAGGCAGUACUGUAUGUCGGUCUGUAGCAGGUGUUGCCAUGGUGCCUUGACCCUUUCUCUAGCUGCGUCUAAUUAGAUAUGUAACCAACCAGUCUUUGAAAUGCAGAUUUGGUUGUUUUUUUUAAGUUUCAUCUGGUUCUCAAAGCAAAUCAGGUUGUUUAAUGUAACAAACAAAUGCAUUUACGUUUUCAAUUUGCCGUCUUUAGAAAGAUCUCUUUGAGUCCAGCUGAAUAGAGUCUGAUGCCACUGGGGCUUGAUGAUUUCUUCAAAGAGCGACGCUUUCAUCUGUGCACAGCAUUGCAAACAUGUUGACAAUACCCUGGAGUGAAUAUACUGUACCUGUGCUUAGUAAUUAUUGUAAGUGGAUAUACACCAAAACCUGUCAUAACCAUUUACAUGGUAAAAAGUGAAGCUUUGGAUCUACAACAAACAAACAAACAAACAAACAAACAAGCAGUCUGAGACCACCAGUAAAAAAUAUCUCUUUUCUUCCAUCAUUCUGUCAUCUAAACUUUUAAUGUAAUGAUAUUAUUAGCAUGAUCAUUAUUAAUUAAUGAUAUUUGAUAUUUUUGCUGUAAUAGCACAACAACCAAGGUUCUUAAAUGUUCUUUCUUAAAGUGUAUGGUUCUUUAGAGAAACCUUAAUAUGCACAUCUUUGAAGACUACAGUACAGACUUAUAAAAUGCAAGAAAGAAAUCUGUGGCUAAAACACUUUCUAUUACAUCAUUGCUGCAAAGCACCAUUUAACUUUUUAUUUUUAAGAGUGCAGCAUAAAUCUGAUCAUCCAUGUUUUCUCAGCAUGAUUGGAGAAGAUUUCAAAAAUCAUCUUGUUUUAAUGAAAGCUAUUUUAUUAGGACUGCACAGUAUAAAGGGGAAAUGCAAUAACUUGCUAAAUAAUGCGGCGUACAAUAUGCGAUACGAUAAUGCUUUAAGCUUGUAAAAUCUAUUUAAAUGAUAUUAAAAUAUAUUCAAAAGCUGCAAAUUAUAUAACAAACACACAUUUCUACUUGAUAUCUGAAGAAAAUAAAUCAUCACUCUCCCGAUCUCAGCGGUCUCUCUGUAGCCACUUAAAACUUUGA